CUAACCUUUCUUUCCCACCAAAAGACAAGAACUUAUUCUACCACACUUGAAAUUUCUCUUUCUACCAACCAUACUUUAUAAAUUUACACAUGCAAGAAAAAGCUUAUAAAAAUGCAUUGUUAGCUAUUCUAAGCUAAUACACUUUUAUCUUUUCUCUCUCUUAUAAUUAUUAUAGGUGAACUUAAAGAGUUAUGGCAACUGUGUCUAGUUUCAUGAUGAGAAGAUCAAGAACAAACUCUCAGAUCUUCAAAAGUGCAGUAGUUAGAUGCUUCUCCAGUAGUUCUGAUGCUUCACAAACUGUUGCUGAUUCUGCUUUCUCUUCAUUUCCUCCUACAAUUAAAACUCAUGUUUCUCAACUUGUUGGGAGGACUCCCCUAGUUUUUCUAAACAAAGUUACUGAAGGAUGUGGAGCAUACAUAGCCGUCAAGCAGGAGAUGAUGCAGCCUACUUCUAGUGUCAAGGACAGACCUGCACUGGCCAUGCUUGAAGAUGCGGAGAAAAAGGGACUAAUUUCUCCUGGAAAGACAGUGUUGAUCGAACCUACAUCAGGAAACAUGGGAAUAAGCAUGGCAUUCAUGGCUGCAAUGAAGGGGUACAAAAUGGUGUUGACAAUGCCAUCAUACACUAGCAUGGAGCGAAGAGUGACUAUGAGGGCUUUUGGUGCUGAGCUUAUUCUCACUGACCCUGACAAAGGAAUGGGGGGAACUGUCAAAAAGGCUUACCAGCUUCUGGACUCCACUCCUGAUGGUUUCAUGCUUCAACAAUUUUCUAAUCCUGCUAAUACUCAGGUUCACUUUGAAACGACGGGUCCUGAAAUAUGGGAGGAUACUCAAGGGAAAGUGGACAUCUUCGUCAUGGGAAUCGGAAGUGGGGGUACUGUGUCUGGUGUUGGACAGUAUCUUAAAUCUCAAAAUCCUAAUGUCAAGAUUUAUGGAGUUGAACCAGCUGAAAGCAACAUACUUAAUGGAGGCAAACCAGGUCCUCAUCUUAUUACCGGAAAUGGGGUUGGAUUUAAACCAGACAUUUUAGACAUGGAUGUAAUGGAAGCAGUUCUUGAGGUUAAAAGUGAUGAUGCAAUAAAGAUGGCCAGGCAGUUGGCAUUGAAGGAAGGACUUAUGGUUGGGAUAUCAUCAGGAGCUAACACAGUUGCUGCCCUUGAGCUUGCUAAGAGACCGGAAAACAAAGGCAAACUCAUUGUGACCAUUCACCCGAGUUUUGGAGAGCGAUAUCUGUCUUCUGCCCUGUUCAAGGAGCUGAGGGAAGAAGCUGAGCAAAUGCAACCAGUCCCAGUUGAAUGAUUCUGGCGCAUAGGCAUAACUCUACUUGAAUAAAAAGGAUAUACUACUACUAGUUUGUUAUCACUACUAUGAGGAAACUAGGUUUCUCUUUGAGUAAAGUUUACAAUUGUACAAUGAAGUUAUAGGGAUGAUCAUCAAUCAAGUUAAUUUCAUUGUUGCAUAGUACUUUUUUUGCUUCAAAUUUUGCAAAAUUUUGAAUUUUACACUAUUCAUGUAUUAAUAUUAUUUGACCAUUUUCUUUAUUAA